AUGGCGGGAAGCAUUGAGACUUGGUACUAUGGACUACCGUACGUCACGCGCUUUUACCUGUCGGUGUGCUUUGGUUCCACGCUGCUAAAUACACUGGGUUUACUGAACCCACAGUCGCUCUAUCUGGACUUUGAUCUCGUGUGGCAACGUUUCCAGCUCUGGCGCCUCAUGACGUGCUUUAUCUAUCUCGGGAGCUUUAGUUUUCCCUUUCUCAUGCAGCUCAUGAUCUUGACUAACUACUCAUCUCGACUGGAGGAGGACCCCUUUCCGGGCGGCGGUGGUCCCACCGCUGACUACGCCUUUAUGCUGUUCUUCGGAGCUGCUGUGUUAUGGGUGGUGGCGUUUUUCAUGGACCUCCCAUUCCUUGGCACGUCCCUCAUCUUUAUGAUCGUCUAUGUUUGGAGUCGGCGGAAUCCGACGGCGCCCGUCGCAAUUUGGGGUUUUCGCUUCGAAGGCCUCUACCUGCCGUGGGCGCUGAUUGCGUUCACUGUGCUCAUUGGCGGCAACCCUAUGAUGGAUGUCUUUGGGGUUAUCGCUGGUCACUUGUACUACUUCCUGCUGGAAGUGUUGCCAGCGAUUAAGGGCUGGAACUUGCUGCAGACCCCUGCUGUAUUCAUCAAUCUGUUCCCGUCUCCUCAAGUUGCUGGUGGUGCAGUUCCGAUCAUUGGUACGCGAGGAGCUGCAGGCCGAGGCGCGAUUCCUCAGGGUGGUGGCUAUGCCUGGGGUACUGGAAGACCGCUCGGUACGGAUUGA